CAGAGGAAGUUUCAGAGCUGAAGGGUGGAUCACAGAAUGGGUUGGAGGGAAAAGAAGGAGCAAGUCAGGCAAAAAAAGGAACACAGAAUAACACAGAGAUCACCCUAUUUCUUGCGGGGAGGGGGGAUUACUUCAGUCAGUCUCUGGCAAUAAGCAGGCAGGCACAGUUACUUGUUAACCCCAUUAUUAAUCUAGAAUUCACUGUUCCUGGCAAACAAUAACCAGCGAGUGCUCAGCAUACCAGUGUUAGACAACUACAAUAAAGAAUAAAGAAUAAAACUUAAAUUUUAUAUAGUUUCGGGGAUUUCGGACAGAACCAAACAUAAUGGUCCAGUUGUCCAGUUUCUCUCCGUUCUGUGAGGGAAGCAACUUCUACAGAAGUUGAGACAGCAUAGGAAGCUUCUCUGUGUUGCCCAAAGAACAAGGAAAAUACGUCUCCUUCAGAUCUUUGUUUGCAUGAUAUUUAACUUUCCAGCUUCUAACAGGUGUAGAAUUCCCAGGCAAGGAAGGCCAAAGGCAUUAGAAAGCACAGAACUCUCUGGGAGAAAACCAAGGAGUAAGUAAGUUGGAGGCUGUGUUCUAAAGAUAAGCUCAUAUUCACAAGGAGCCUGGAGACCAAUGACAGUCACUGGAAGAUUUUUCAGAAGAGGAGAGAAACAAGAGGGAGGUGUGCUAGCAUUUAUCUGAUCUAAGAUCUGUUUGUUUUGCUCAACCCCAGCUUACCAUGUAUUUAAGGUCAGGGGUGAGCAGUGUGUUCCCAGUGCUGCAAGCAGCAGGUUGGACUCCUGUUCGGCGGCCUCUGGUUUUAACUCAGUGUUGCCGCACCAUGGCUUCUCAAAACCUAUCUCUGCCACCUCCAGCACCUCUGCUACAGCCACUGUCUGUUCCAGACAGGUUAUUGCUGGGCCCUGGGCCCUCCAAUUGCCCUCCCCGGAUCUUGUCUGCAGGCUGUCGACAGCUCAUAGGACAUGUCCACAAAGAGAUGAUCCAGAUAAUGGAUGAGAUCAAGCUUGGAAUCCAGUAUGCAUUUCAGACACAGAACCCCCUCACAUUGGCUGUCAGUGGCACAGGCCAUUGUGCCAUGGAAGCAGCCUUCUUGAACAUGGUGGAGCAGGGAGACAAAGUGCUCAUAGCUAUGAAUGGAUUUUGGGGUGAACGUGCAACUGGCAUUGCCAAAAGACUUGGAGCAGAUGUUCAUCAGCUAGUAAAGGCCCCUGGAGAGUGUUUCACUCUAGAAGAAAUAGAAAAGGGUUUAGUGACACAUGCUCCCUUUUUAUUUUUCAUCACACAUGGAGAAUCCUCCACUGGAGUGCUUCAGCCCCUGGAUGGCCUUGGAGAACUCUGUCACAGAUAUAAUUGUUUACUACUGGUGGAUGCCGUAGCAUCACUGGGUGGAGCUCCAAUUCUUAUGGACCAGCAAGGAAUUGACAUCCUCUACUCAGGCUCACAGAAAGUCUUAAAUGCACCACCUGGUGCUUCACCCAUUUCUUUCAGCCAGAGAGCAAGGAAGAAGAUUUACAGUAGGAAGACGAAACCAAUCUCCUUUUAUCUGGACAUGGAGGAGCUGGCUCAAUACUGGGGCUGCAACGAUCAGCCAAGAAAGUAUCAUCAUACUGCACCCAUCAACACGUUUUUCUGUCUGCGAGAAGGCUUGGCAAUUCUUGCAGAAAAGGGGUUAGAAAAUUCCUGGAAGCUUCACAAGGAGAACAGCCUGGACCUGUGUGCAGGGCUACAGAAGUUAGGCCUCCAACUUUUUGUGAAAGAACCGGAUGCAAGGCUUCCAACAGUCAACACUGUCUUUGUACCUGAGGGAUAUGACUGGAAGGAAAUCACUGACUACAUUAUGAAAAGGCAUGGGAUUGAGAUUUCAGGAGGCCUGGGUGCUUCAGCAGGCAAGGUUCUCCGAAUAGGAUUGAUGGGAUAUAACUCCACUAAAUACAAUGUUGACAGAGUCCUCCAUGCUCUGGAAGAUGCUCUCCAGCACUGUCUCAAGAACAAGCUAUAAGACCUCACCCCAUUGUUUUUUACACAGAAGAUCCAGAAGUGUCAGUGACACUUAAGACAUGCAAAGUAUCAGAGGCACAUUCCACAUAAAGUGCUUUCCCUUUUCUUUAUUCCAUAAUGGUACCUAUAGUUUACAAUUCACAAGAGUAAACUUUGUUUUCACUGCAUGCUAUACUGUGAACACUUACUAGUGCUGUUAUGCCCUUUGUAUUUUUCUUCAACAAAUGUGUGCUCCCGUUGUGCAAGUUGUUAUAUGCUCAUAAACUCACACAUAUGUCUGGAUGUAUGUAAAUAGAAGAG